AUGUCAUAACUUCAUACCAAAGGAAAGAAGAUUUCGCGCUGCAGGUUGUGGUAGGAAAAAUCUUUUGAGUCGCACAGUUUGCCUAUUAGGUAACUUGUGCAUUUUGUGCAGGGUAGGAAACUCUGCAUUGUAUUAACUGAGUCAGUAAGUAUUUGUAAAUUUUGUCUCUUAAACGCCUGUCAUGACCACCGAAGUCGACGUGUCUAAUGUUGAUGAAAAAUUCCAAAAUGGCGACGGUGAAAUAUUAGAAGUGAACGGGAAUGAGUUUACUGAGGACUUGAAUGAUACUGACAGUAAAUCUCCUGAUGGGAGAAUAAUCAGGAAAGCUAAAAGAUUCCAUCGGCAGAACUCGGGACCUGACGCAUUGGUUUUAAAUGGCGAAACAAAGAAUGCAACUCAAGCAAAACAAGCACUUGCUGUAAACAAAAAUAGCCGCAAAUCCAGGGACGGCCGCGGUCGAGGCCUUCCAAAGAAAGGUGGUGCAGGUGGUAAAGGAACAUGGGGAGCUCCUGGAGAUGAAAUAUUAAUGGAAGAGAGGUGCAAAGAUGCCAAUGACCCCAACUAUGAUUCAGAGAGUGAGGAUGAAUAUGUCGUGGAAAAAAUCGAUCUGGAAGUGUCCCGAGAGGAACUUACAAAGGUUCUCCAGCCUGUGAUUUCUGAAUAUUAUAACCAUGGUGAUACAUCAGAAGUACAGGAAACCUUGCAGGAACUGAAAUUACGCACCUUAAAACCAAAAGUGAUAGAAAUGAUUUUGAAUAUGGCAUUGGACCACAAAUGUACACAUCGAGAGUUGAGUUCCAUCCUUAUUUCUGACCUGUACGGAAAAGUGCUUACUUCUGAUGACAUUGCCAGCGGCUUUGACGAUGUACUAAACAGUCUGAGUGACUUAACUAUCGACACACCUGAUGCUCCUACGGUGAUUGGUCAGUUUAUCGCCAGGGCUGUUGCCGAUGAUUGUCUUCCUCCUAAGUAUAUGCGGAGUUACAAAGGUAAUGUGGAAAGUGAACACACAGUUUCUGCUCUGGAGAAAGCAGAGCUUUUGUUAAGCAAGAAACAUGGCAUUGUUCGUCUGGAUAACAUCUGGGGCACAGGAGGAGGCAUACGACCAGUGAAAUAUCUUAUCAAACAGAUGGUUAUGCUGCUGAAGGAGUACCUGUCUUCAGGAGACAUACACGAGGCCACACAGUGUCUCCAGGAACUGGAGGUUCCACACUUCCACCAUGAAGUUGUCUAUGAGGCUACCAUAAUAGUGUUGGAAGAUGGAAGUCAGCGGGCAGCUGAUAUGAUAUGUAAUCUAUUGAAGUCAUGGAGCGAUGCAUUAGUUCUUACUCCAGAACAAAUUACUCAGGGAUUUAAACGGGUAUAUGAUGCACUGCCAGAUAUUACUCUGGAUGUGCCGGCAGCCUAUACACUGCUGGAGCGAUUUGCCACUUUGUGCCACAAGGGAAGAGUAAUGGGAAGUGAUCUCUUUCAAGAACUACCUCAGAGAGGGACGGAAGCGAUUUGUAUCCGAGGGGGAUGGUGGCCGCCUCAAGGAGCAGAUCAUGUAGAUAAUUGUGAUGUGUCGAAAGCUGACAAUGGUUUGCCGUCCUGAUGAAAAUGGUUAACAUGGACACAGAAGUGCUUAUACAGUAUUUCACAGGGAAACAUCACCAGGACGAAGUGUUAUACAAGUUUGUGUUUGAAUGGUUGGCUGGCAGCAAUUCUACAGUAUUGACUAAGUAGAUAUCUUUUUCAAAAUAGCAUUGAGGUGUUCUACUUUUCUGGUACCUAGGUGUGAUGUACUGUGAUACUGCAUGUCACAUGUCAUUAUUUACACAUUGGUUGUAUGUGUAUCUAUCAUGUUAAUUGGAAUCUUUUUUGUAUCAACCACGGAUGUUCUGUUGAUUGUUGUUAGAAAUCACCAACCCCUUCUGCGUGUUUGUGCGUGUUUCCUGUAAUGAGAAAGUAAACACCAUUAUUUUAGUUUCCUGGUUCUGCUUAAAUUCACAGUUUUCUAUUAUCUGGCCUAUAAUGCUUAUUUUUUUUUAAUACGUGGUUAUAAUUUUUUUUUUUUGUGUAAUUUGGUGCAUGUUUUACAACUUAAAUCAAUUUUUGCCAUGACCUGCAAUUAGUCUUAUCAUGAUGCCGUUCAUUUUGCUUUACUUUAAGAUAUGAUUUUAAAAAGUGCUAAUAACAGACAUAGUUCUUAUAUAUACCAGCUUUAUUUCAUAGUAAAAUAAUGUUUGCACAUUGCAUUAUAUAUAUACAGUAUUUAUGAUAAAUAUUAUGAUGAAUAAUUAAAGGUUCUUUUCAGUGCCAGACAAGAAUGCUGAACAGUUUUCCUUUUUGAAAUUAAGUCUGCUACAAAUAGUUAUUAAUUUGUCCUCUCCAAGUGAAAGCAAGUACAUAUAGCCAUAGUUCUGAUGAUAUUGUCUUUGGGACAAGUAUGGUGCACAUGAAUCAUUAUGGCUUUAAGAUGAAAAGCAGAUGAUCACUGAAGAACACAUAUUGAAAUAAACCUUACAGAUUCAUUCAUUGUGAGCCGAAAAAGCGCAAUAUUGAGCCGUAUGGUCCGAUUUAUAGGGGGAGGGGGUUUCUACAUUGGUAUUGAUAUUGUAAAACUUAAGGACGAUAUUAAGUGAAUUUAAUUUAGUUUUUCUUCCUUUUUGAUUAAUUUUUGCACAUUUUCAUAACAGAAAUAUUAUAGAUAAUUUGUAAGAAAUUCAUAAAUCUGCUGACAGUGUAGGGCACCACCAUUGUUAUUAAAACCAUAUAUUCACCUAGUAUAUUUGUAUGUCUUGAUACAAUUUUUCAUAUUGUCUGUAUUUAAUUAUUUCAAAGUACCAUUGAUGAAACUUAGUUGAAAGGAAAAGAUACCAAUAAAUAUCAUGAAAAUUGAUCUUUGUCUAUUUUUCCAUUGUCUAUGUUAUAACAAAAUAUUAAAAGGAUGUGUUCCCAGACCUUUGAUAGAAAUGAUGCACCAACCUCUCCCAUAGAUGGAGGGUGAAUGGAGAGAAAGGAUAACCAGGACAAAUGGAAGGGCUGUUACCCUUACCUUUGCUGUGCAAUUGUAUUCUGUCAUGAAAUCAUGCUCACAUUAGCCAAUAAAUGCUGGUUAUAGUUAA